UGAAAGUGUUCAUAACAGGAAUAUGAGUAGUGUUCAUUUUAGGAUGGAAGAAUAGAUACUUGAAAAAACAUACACAUAGUUUUGUAACCGUUUAAAAAUAUAUAAGAUCAAUGCGAAGUCGAAUCCGAGAUUCUAUAAAUCAUUUGAUGGGUUGAAUAGUAGCUACAACAAAAGUUAAACCAUUCAGAGGAUUUAGCCAAUAUGACAGAAAAGGACCGUAGUCCGUUUAACCGUCCUCAUCUUGAGCCAAACGUCGAUGAGAAAAGCACGCUGCUUUCCAAUACAGACGACUCCGAUGGCGCGGGGACUACUGAUUACCGAAAGUUUCGAGCAUUAGAGAUCAAAACAACAUGGCGCCACUGGCUCAUCGGGCCGAUUGUGUUCGCGUACAUGUUCGCUAUGUUGUGUUCAUUUUUCGCUCUUGUGGAAUACACGAAUAACUAUUUUAUGAACCAGGAGUAUUCAAAAGCAAACAUAUCCAGCAAUGAGUCCGCUGACCUUUUCUGCAAUCCCAAUUCCAGCAGUGCAAUAUACGCGGCGGAAAUGACUGCCACCUCUGAGGCAUCCACGUGGAAUCUGUAUUUUGCACUGGCGUCCGGAGUUCCGGCGAUCAUUGCGAAUAUGAUUUUUGGAUCGUACACGGACGCGUUUGGGCGAAAAUUUCUUCUGACGAUAGGCAUCGUGGGAACGACGUUGCGAUUAGGUACAGCGGCGUUAAUUAUUCAUCUCGAGUUGCCUAUCGUCUUUCUCCUGAUAGCUUGCUUCAUCGAGGGCUGUUCUGGGCAGUACGCAACAACCCUUCAAGUAUCGUUGGCUUAUAUCGCCGACAUCACAAAGCCAGGACCUCAUCGCAUGUAUGGAAUCAUUUUCAUCGAGGUUGUAAUCGGAAUUGGUCUAUCCUUAGCAAGUCUGGUGUCCGGAUACAUAAUAGAGGGAUAUGGCUAUAUGAUCACAUUCGCAACCAUGGCCGGAGUACUGAUUCUGAAUUUGGUAUUCAUGUUUUUCGUUCUGCCAGAGACGCUUUCAAAGGAAAAACGCCGGAAUGACAAUACGUUAAUUGGACAGCUGAAAGCAAGCGUCUCAUUCUUCGUGGUGAACGACUCCGAAAACCGCCUGUGGAAGUAUCGGCUUGUCACCGUCAUCCACGCCCUAUGUAACCUGAGUUACCUGCCCCGCACCACGACAGAGACGCUGUAUCAGCUCGGGCAGCCGUUCUGCUGGUCGCCUACACGAGUGGGUACCUACAGCGCCUUGCGCGCCGCGGUGAUCUUGGUGAUCGGGCUGGGCUCGGUGAAGUUCUUAGAGAAGUUUAUGGACGAGGUUUGGAUCUGCAUUAUCGGCACUGCGUCGUAUGGGGCCGCGUUCCUCUGGACCGCCUUCGUCACCGACGACACUUCCUACUGGAUAAUCAUAGCUGUGGGCAUGUUUGGCCCCCUUUCUACGACGAUGCAGAGGAGUAUCCUUUCUCACCUGACACCGCCUGAGAAACAAGGCGCGAUAUUCAGCGUGGUGGGGACUCUCGAGAUUGUCUGCACUCUGGUCGCCAACGCCUCAACCAGCUACAUCUACGCCGCCACCGUGAGCUAUAUGCGUGGGCUCGUGUUUCUCGUGCUCGGCGGAUAUGACGUCAUAUGUAUCAUUCUCACGCUGUUACUGAAGAUCUGUUGGUCCAUAGAGAGGAGACGUGCUGGCUAUAAGCCCUUCAGCCCGGAGAUAAUAGUUAGUGACGACACCUAGCUAGCCUACCCAGCCUUAUUGCUCGUGACUGACCUUGCUUAGCUGUUAACCUCUCUACGUGUCUCAUAUGUUUGCGUUUUAAAAUAACUUUGUGCUUCGUUUACACGUGUUUGUGAUUGUUUUGUGAACAUAUAUAUAUUUGUUAUACAGUGCAAUAAAUCCAUUUGUGACAAAAACC